AGAAAGGGGGAGACGGGAAACCUGUACUGAACGCUUUCACACAAAUAUGAGCGGCAGCGGGCGGGCCAGGACCAGCUCAUUCGCUGAGCCUCCCGGAGCUCCCGGAUCUGCUGCAGCCGGUGCCGGAUCAGCAGUAGCCGGCGGAAGCUCGACAGGAAAAACUGGGGCUUCACAAGCCAGCGGAAGCGGCUCGACGAGCUUUGGGAAUUUAAAACUGCCUAGAGACAGUGGCAAAGUGACAACGGUGGUAGCCACACCCGGGCAGGGCCCUGAUCGCCCUCAAGAAGUGUCCUACACAGACAUAAAGGUCAUAGGAAAUGGCUCCUUUGGGGUGGUCUACCAGGCUCGCCUCAUUGACACUCAGGAGAUGGUGGCAAUUAAGAAAGUUCUCCAAGACAAAAGGUUUAAGAAUAGAGAGCUGCAAAUUAUGAGGAAAUUGGACCACUGCAACAUUGUCAGGCUACGCUACUUCUUCUACUCAAGUGGGGAGAAGAAAGAUGAGGUGUACUUGAAUCUUGUGUUGGAUUAUGUCCCGGAGACAGUGUACAGGGUGGCUCGGCACUUCAACAAGGCCAAGACCACAAUCCCCAUCAUCUAUGUUAAGGUGUACAUGUACCAGCUGUUCCGCAGUCUGGCCUAUAUCCAUUCCCAGGGCGUUUGUCAUAGAGACAUUAAGCCUCAGAACCUCCUGGUUGAUCCAGAGACGGCCAUUCUCAAACUUUGUGAUUUUGGCAGUGCUAAGCAGUUAGUUCGAGGGGAGCCAAAUGUGUCCUAUAUUUGCUCACGGUACUAUCGUGCCCCAGAGCUUAUAUUUGGCGCCACCGACUAUACGUCCAACAUUGACAUCUGGUCAGCUGGCUGUGUGUUAGCGGAGCUGCUGCUAGGCCAGCCCAUCUUCCCUGGGGACAGUGGUGUGGACCAGCUAGUAGAGAUCAUCAAGGUUUUGGGGACGCCAACAAGAGAGCAGAUCCGAGAGAUGAACCCUAACUACACAGAGUUCAAAUUCCCCCAGAUCAAAGCUCAUCCUUGGACAAAGGUCUUUAAGCCUCGUACCCCACCAGAGGCCAUUGCCCUCUGCUCUCGGCUGCUCGAGUACACCCCAGUUUCCAGACUGUCUCCUCUGGAAGCAUGUGCGCAUGCUUUCUUCGAUGAGCUGCGCCAGCCCAACACCCGUCUGCCCAGCGGACGAGAACUGCCACCCCUAUUCAACUUCAGUCCCGUCGAGCUCUCGAUUCAGCCCCAGUUGAACUCCACGCUCAUUCCUCCUCACGCUCGUGCACAGACAUCACCUGCCUCACAUGAGGGCAGCGUGUCAGACAGUACCGCCCAACCCAGCUCAGCACCUGGAUCCAUCAACAACAGCACCUGAGCAUCCAUCUCUGUCACGUUUUCUGUUUUGUCUUCCCUGUUUUCUUUUUCUUUUUUUCUUUGUACUGCUCCUCUCCUGGCUCCUGGCUCCAACACUUAAAAUAGUAUAAAAAAAGAAAAAGAACAAUAUAAACCUGACAUGCUUACAUAAACACUUAGCGUUAACCAACUCCAGUAGAAAGAAGUGCCUGCAGCUGCUUGCUUUAAGAAGCUGUAGGUUGUUUUAAUGGCAGUUUGUAAGCUGCACUUUGAUUUAUUAUAAGCUGCAGUUCUACGUUGGCCCUUGUGUGGACUGCUAGAAUAAAAAAAGAUGAUUGAGUAUAGUGGUGAAACGAUGAAGAGUCUUGCACAUAUAUGGAUUUUCUGUAUUCAACACCUGACUUGUUUUUUUAAGUUAAUUUUAUUUGCCAAGCUAAUUUUAUGUGAGGCCAAAAUGCCACUGAUUUUAAUUGAAUUUGGUCGGCUCUGGAGUUGAGACUAAGGGUAGCGUGUUGAGUCCUGACAUGUAUAUUGACAAUCAUUCUUAGUGGAGUUGAAAAUUGCACACGCUUGCUGUGAAAAGUGUUUUGAUCGUAGCCUAACAGUCCAGUGUGUAGACUAGAGGCUCAUCUGUCAUUUUCUACCCUCAAAUCAGCUCAGAAAAAGUUUCAGGUCACCACUGGGGAGACUUGAGGAAUUAUUUUAACACAGCAUGAAACAUGUCAUUUUAGAUCAAAUGGUGAUUUUAAAUUAUUUUCUAAAAGUGAGAGCACCACAGCCCUUGUUCACUGUUUGUUAGCUUCUUAACUGCCUUUUUAUGUGAUUAAGAGGGAACUGUUUUCCAAGUAGAGCACACCUCUUCAGUUUUGUCACAAUAAGCUCGUGGUUACGCUGGAAGCCCAGAGGUUUAUGUAAAGUGUUGCACAUGUCUAAAAGGAGUGCAGGAAAGCAAAAAGGGGCCAGUUGUGUCCAGCUGAGGACACAACGUCUCACAGAGGGAGCCGUUGAUCUGGGGCUCCAGUUGCAUCUGAUACAGAAGCUUCAUUGUCUGAAAUGUUCCUCGACAGUUUUGCACAGUGUUGUGGGACGAAUGAACCACCUCAUUAAUUAUGUCAAUUUACAAUGAUGCCUUUCCGCUCGAUUAUGGUAAAGAAUCAGGUGCAGGGUUGUGUGAGGGCAGUUGGCUUAAACCCUUUUUUUUUUUUAUUUUGCUCCUUUUAAAGCAGCCUGCUUGUGACGCUCAUGUUUUUAUUUUUAAAUUUUAUUUUUUUAAUCAGCAGACAGGACUUGUAUUGAAUAAUUCUCACAGCUUACAGUCACUUGGAGCUUUUUAUUUUAUUUAUUAAAAAAUAAAAAACACGCAAACAGUUCAAGCCAACCCAACAAAUAAUCUGACCAGACAUUAUGCUCAGACCCCCGACACCCAACAGCGUUUGGAGCCUCCCCUUCCAUUCUUCCUCAUCUUUACCCCCCUCUGCUGCCCUGCCACCCCAUUUUUUUUUUCACCGCUAACCUGUAAAUAUCAAGUACCUUUUAUUUUGUUAUUAUUGUUAUUAUAUUGCUGUUCUUGUAAUUUUUUUUUUUUUUUUCUGUAGUAGACCGGCCCAGCAGCAAGCCGGACCGUUU